CCAAACAUUAGAAAUGUUGGCAGAAGCUUAGGCAUGAGCGGAUGAGCUUUGACACAGUAGUGAGUGGGGUCAUCGUUUUCGUCACUGUUUGUUCUUCUUCAUCGCUCUGCGCCGCUUUUUCUGCUCUCGCAAUCUCAAGCAUAUGGAGAAAGACAUGGCGAUGAUGGGGGACAAACUGAUACUGCGAGGGCUGAAAUUUUACGGUUUCCAUGGAGCGAUUCCUGAAGAGAAGACGCUAGGCCAGACGUUUAUGCUUGACAUUGAUGCUUGGAUGUGUCUCAAAAAGGCCGGUUUAUCAGACAACUUGGCAGAUUCGGUCAGCUAUGUCGACAUUUUCAACUUGACAAAGGAAAUUGUAGAAGGUCCAUCAAGAAACCUUCUGGAGUCAGUAGCUGAACUUGUAGCGUCCAAAACUCUGGAAUCAUUCCCUCGGGUUACAGCUGUUCGGGUGAAGCUGUGGAAGCCAAAUGUUGCGCUUAUCCAAAGCACUAUCGAUUACUUAGGGGUCGAGAUCUUUAGAAAUCGCCCUACUGUAUAACACUUAAGAGAAUCGUUUGUAAUCUCAAUUCUGUUGUCUCAGUUGUAUCCAUUUGGAUCUUCAUAUUGAUCAUUCAGAAAGCUUGAAACAUGUCAAAAGACUUUGAAGAGUCUCUCUGUUGGGGGAAUGAGAUUGUGGCACUUAAUCGGAAUCAUUGUUGAGUAAAAAGUAAACAU